CUCGAGAAUAGCCGAUUGCAGCUCCUCCUGGCUUAAACAGUUAAACCCUCUCGUUUCGUCACAUAGAAAAGCCUCCCUCCUCGGCUCCUACCUCUGAAUCCCUCUUCUACUCUUGCUAGAGCCUUCACGCUGUCCGUCCAAAAAUGGUGAGCCAAAGACAGAGGCUAGCUCGCAAGAAGUACAGAGAAGCUCACCCGGAUUUGUUCCCUAAGCCGGAGCCAACGCCACCCAAAGACCCAGACAAGAAGAAGAAGAAAAAGAAUAGCAUGUUCAAGCGCAAAAAGGCAGACUCUAAAGCACCCAGAGACCCAAACAAACCUGUUAGAAUGGGCUUUAAGAAACACCCACUUAGAGUCCCUGGGAUGAAGCCUGGUGAGAGCUGUUUCAUUUGCAAGGCGAAGGACCAUAUCGCCAAGCUCUGCCCUGAGAAAGCUGAGUGGGAAAAGAACAAGAUAUGUUUGCUUUGUCGGAGACGAGGGCAUAGUCUCAAGAAUUGCCCUAACAAGAAUGGUACGACGGUGGAUAAGAAGCUUUGCUAUAAUUGUGGGGAAAGUGGACAUUCGCUUGCGAACUGUACCCAACCUCUUCGAGAAGGAGGAACUAAAUUUGCCAAUUGCUUCAUAUGCAAUGAACGCGGACAUUUAAGCAAGAAUUGUCCUCAAAAUACUCACGGAAUCUAUCCGAAGGGGGGUUCUUGUAAAAUAUGCGGAGGGGUAACACACUUGGCAAAAGAUUGUCCAAACAAAGGUUCUGUAGCUGCCCGUGGACCUGGUAACACAUUUGUUAAGGAUGAAAGGCCAAGAGGACGGGUGACCAAAUUUGUUAGCGGAGACGACAUUGAGGAUGAUUUCUUGACUGAUGGCACGAAUAGUGGUAACAAAGAUAAGUCCUCUGAGUCAAAAGUUAGUUCUGCCUCUGGUUCAAAAGAAAGUAAUGUAAAACCAAAGAAGAAACAGGAGCCCAAAAUCGUGAACUUUGUUGGUUGAUAAAUUUUGUCCCAUGAUGCAACUUUCGCUAGAAGCUUGCAACAUUCAGUAUAUUGGAGAGUCUAGAGUUCCUCUUU